UCCAGCCCAAAAGAUAAGCCUUUCAACCAGUGGUCACAUUCAGAUUUCUUCGAUUUCUGCAGACAGCGAAACUGAGGAGAAUCCCAAGAAGCAGAGCUGGUGAAACAAGGCAAAGGCAAGGCAAGGCAAGGCUGCCCCAAAUUACAUUGUUGCGUCAGGCAAGAAGAGGAGCAGGAAGAAAUGGCUGCAAUACCUGCAGUGAUCUCGGGCUGCUGCUCUUCGUCUCGCCUGUCCCAGCCUGCUGGCCUCCUGCCCUCCACAAGCAGCAGAAGGCGCUUCAAGGUCACGGCCAUGGCGCCCAAGAAGAAGGUAAACCGCUACGACGAGAACUGGUCGAAGCAGUGGUUCGGCGCGGGCCUCUUCGCGGAGGGCAGCGAGGAGGUGACCGUGGACGUGUUCAAGAAGCUGGAGCGGCGCAAGGUGCUGAGCACCGUGGAGAAGGCCGGCCUGCUGUCCAAGGCCGAGGAGCUGGGCGUGACGCUCUCCUCGCUGGAGCAGCUGGGCCUGCUGUCCAAGGCCGAGGACCUGGGCCUGCUCAGCCUCGUCGAGACCGCGGCGGGGACGUCGCCCUCCGUCCUCGCCUCCGUCUCGCUGCCGCUCCUCGUGGCCGCCGUCGUCGCCGUGGUCGUCGUGCCCGACGACUCCGCCGCGCUCGUCGCCCUACAGGCCGUCGUCGCGACGGUGCUCGCGGCGGGAGCCGCCGGGCUGUUCGUAGGCUCCGUCGUGCUUGCUGGCCUGCAGGAGUCGGAUUGACCCACCGGCUGAGUUACGUCGUCAACAGUACCGCAUUCGAGUGUUGCGGUCGCUCAACGCUGCAUGCGGACGCUUGGCCAGGGUGCCUGCUCUCCUCUCAACGCAACUGCACUGAAGACCCAACCGCAGGCGCAUCACGUGCAUGUUGCUCCAAGCCGACUACGCCGCCGGUGGAGUGCAUGCAGCUACAGUGCUUUCUAUUUUGCAGGUGAAGGGUCAGGUUGUCCCAUCAAAUCACCUAGCCCCAUAAGAGUAUAUGAUAUUUCCUUUACGAGAGCAGAUUACACGGUAUUGUAACAUAUUUUACUACUUCUAUUUUGGUGUAAAUUCUAUGUUUAACUGGUGUAAAUUGAUUAUUUGUAAAUAGAAAUAGUUAGAAUUACUCGAACUAUUA